UUUGCGCGAUAUCACGAGCUUCAGCCGACUCUGAAUGGAGUCGUGAAGCCGUGAGAAAAAAGACACCAAAACGGAUCCAGAGCGCCAACCGCUGAUCCCACCACCAACCGGUUCCCUUGACCCUCUUGGCCAUUCACCAUUUACCCCACGUCAUAAUUUCGACAGGGGUCAUAUCCAAGCAACCUCAACCUCCAGCAACAGCGACAUAUAUUCCACAAACCCCGUCGAGACUACCGCAUACCGUCAUUCCCCGAGCCACAGUAUCGAUUUUUUAUCAGCCGUCAUGGAGAAAGUCAAAAGGUCGAAGCUUGCCUACUAUGCGAAUAGGAUCGCAUGUGACAGCGAGCCAGGGCUCAGCAGUACCCAGCUUUUGUUGCACAAUCACGAUCUGAAACCGGUCGAGCCUGAGCGAAGGCAAUGGGGUCCUUGGAAUUUCGUUGGCUUUUGGGUCGCUGACUCUUUCAACAUCAACACUUGGAUGAUUUCCUCGGCACAGAUUGUGGACGGUCUCUCUUGGUGGCAAUCGUGGAUUUGUGUUUGGCUCGGAUACACCAUCGCUGGUGCAUUUGUAUGCUCGACCGGUCGAAUCGGUGCAACAUAUCAUAUUUCCUUCCCUGUGGUUGCACGAUCGUCUUUCGGCAUUUGGGGAGCGCUGUGGCCUGUUUUCAACCGUGCUGCAAUGGCUUGCAUCUGGUAUGGAGUGCAGGCUUGGAUUGGCGGCACUUGCGUCUACCUCAUGAUCCGCAGUAUCUGGAACAAUUGGCGCAGUGACCUCGGUGACGGUGGAGGAGGAAUCCCGAAUGGUAUACCCAACUCCGGCACCAACACCGUCGCCUUCGUAAGUUUUUUCAUCUUCUGGGCCGGAUCACUGCCUGCUAUCUGGUUUCCCGUACACAAAAUCCGCCAUUUGUUCACGGCGAAGGCCUACUUCGUCCCUACAGCAGGCAUUGCCUUCUUCAUCUGGGCUAUCGUACGCGCCAAAGGCAUAGGUCCCAUCGUCCACCAACCCGGAACGGCGAAAGGCUCGGAGCUAGGCUGGCUCAUGGUGCGCGGAACCAUGUCGUCGAUAGCCAACUUCGCCACGCUCAUCGUAAACGAUCCGGAUUUUGCCCGUUUUGCAAAAAAGCCAAGCGACGCGUUCCUCCCACAGCUCCUCACCAUCCCCCUCGGCUUCGCCAUAACAUCCUUCAUCGGCAUCAUCGUCUCCUCGUCCUCGGUCGUCAUCUUCGGAAAAGCCAUCUGGAACCCUCUCGACCUGCUCGAAUCCUUCUUGCAAGAAGGCGGCUCCGCCCAACGUUUCGGCGUCUUCGUCAUCGCCGCCGCCUUCACCCUCGCCCAACUCGGGACCAACAUCGCCGCGAACAGCGUAUCCGCCGGCACCGACUUAUCAGCUCUCGCUCCGCGCUUCAUCAACAUCCGCCGCGGAGGCUACAUCUGCGCGCUCGUCGGCCUGGUCAUGUGUCCCUGGCAUCUCCUCUCCUCCACCAACAGCUUCACCACCUACCUCUCCGCCUACUCCGUCUUCCUCUCCUCCAUCGCCGGCGUCAUGGUCUGCGACUACUACUUCGUCCGCAAGGGCUACCUGGACGUCAAGCAGCUCUACUCGGCCAAGAGGACGGCACCCUAUUACUUCACCUUCGGCUUCCACCUGAGAGGCUACGUCGCCUACAUCGCCGGCAUCCUCAUCAACGUCGUCGGAUUCGCUGGUGCCAUCGGCCGCGACGUGCCCAUCGGCGCGCAGAGGAUCUACGAUUUGAAUUAUUUCUGCGGCUUCAUCGUCGCGGCCGCCGUGUACUAUGCGCUGUGCAGGGUGUGGCCCGUUCCCGCGACGAGUGGGACGUGGCUGGAGGUCGGGGAUGAGAUUACGGAUCUGUCGGUUGCGUAUGACGAGAGUGAUGAGAGUGUUGCGCGGUAUGGAGAGGAGGAGGAGAGGGCCGAGGGGCACGGGAAGGGCGGUGGGUUUAGGGAUUUCAAGACGGCGGUGCCGGAGUCUAAGAAGCUCUAGGGGAGAAUGGGUGGCAGUGGGAUGAUUUCUAUCGCUUAUGAGCGUGCACUCUGUGGUUCGUAGAGAAUACAAUUUUUUUGGAUUUUCAGGUUUUUGCGCGAAGUUUCGACGGGGGCGUUGGAGCGUGACGAUUGGAGACGAACAGUUGGAGCGUUGUAAACUUGGUAGGCAUUGUCAUCGUUUCUGCAUAUUGCACACAGUCUUGCGGGCGAUGAUGGUUGUGGUUCGUCCCAUGUCUAUCUAUAUCUGAUAUUGAUUCAACAGCCAUUACGGUGUUGAAAAG